AUCGACGUGCACGUAGCGGUUAAAUUGACACGCGUGCAAAUCCGCGGAACGCGACGCGGGAAUUCCCGAUGGCGAUGGACUGGCAAUAAUCAUCGGAUCGCGAUCAAGCCCGUGAUCGAACGUUCAUCGUUCUCGAUUGCGGUGUGAUUUCCAGCUUUCCUGUACUUCGCUUCUGGCGAUCCUCUAAAAUUGCCAGUUACAACGUAUAGCAUAAAACACUUUUUAAGACGCGAUAUCACUUGUACAAUACAUACUCAUGCGUAUGUGUACACAGUGAAAGAAUAACUAGAAGCAAUGUAAACCAGCACGGAAAUCGAUCGAACCCCAUUUUAUCAGGCUUUAAUGCCGGUUACAUUAUCGACGCGUAUCUGAAAAAGAAAACAAAAUGUCCGAAUACUGCGAAUAUAUGUGGUGCGAUCCCGCCCGAGGUCGUAGUAGUUUGGCCCGUAGCAUUUAUGAAGAAGGAGGCAGAUUCGAUAAACGUGAUAAGAAACUAGCCAUUAAGACUGUCAGAUCUAUACUUCGACAAAUGCCGGAUGUAGACCUGGAACAUUGCACGGAUGAAUAUAUCACGCGCUUCCUGCUAGCCCGGAAGUAUCGCACCGAGCAAGCAGCGGCUUUGAUAGCCGCUUAUCAGGCGCAAAUAACACAUCGCCAGGAUAUCUUCGGUAAUCUCACUGCCCGGGAUCCGGCAUUGCAGCGUGCGCUUCGCGCAGGUAUACCGGGUGUCUUACCUGCACGUGACAGGAAAGGUAGAUGCGUGCUGGUUAUUUUGGCGUCGCAAUGGGAUCCUGUAGCCGUGCCCGCAUUGUCCGUUCAACGAGCGAUAUUCUUAGUUCUGGAAAUACUUAUUCAAGAUCCUCGAAAUCAGCAAUCCGGUUUCGUCGCCGUGGUAGACUGGAGCGGAUUUUCGUUACGACAGGGCGGUGCAUUGGGGGCAGCGGCUCUGCGAAAUUUAAUAGCUGCUCUACGUGGGCGAUUUCCCGCCCGAUUCAAGGCAAUACACUUCCUCUCGGCGCCGCUCUACGUCCAGGCAACUCUGGCCCUGGUGAAGCCAUUUUUGGAUGAGAAGACACGAAAUAAGAUUUAUCUGCACGGCAACAAUCUCAGUACGCUUCACGAACACCUGCCAACGGACAUCCUGCCGGCGGAGCUCGGUGGAACGGGGCCAGCCUUCAACCCGGGAUUAUGGGCAGAGCCGGUCAUCCACUCGGCGAUGAAAGAGGCCGAGCUCGCCGCCGCCGCCGCUAAAAAGGGAAAAGACGAUCAUGUCGACAUGCAAGAACCGGCCAACCUUCGAGACGGAUCGGAAACCGCAAACGAAAACCAUCAGAGGAGCGAUGGCUUGGACGUUCCAACGAACGCGGAUAAAACAUUCUUGAAUAAUUCCGACAAUUCCACAAAACUCUCUGGGAGAGCGCUGCAAAUGGAUGUAGAGCUAGAUGUAAUAAAUAAGCGAUUGAACAAACAGAAAGAGGCGACGGGAUCAGUAAGAAAUAACGAGGACAGAAUUAAGGAACAAUUACACGAACGAAUCAGUAACGGAAAGAUAAACGAGACACAUCAGUCUGAAGAUAGAACAGAUCAGUCCAAUAUCAUUGACUUAACGUUUUUUGACGCGGAUAUCAACUUGAACGAGUUUGAGAUGAUUUCCAAUAGGUCGUGUAAAGAGAGCAAGGACAACUCAUUGGAUAAUAGAUUAGAAGAAAGAGCUCUCAUCACCAACGGCAACAGCGAAACACCGUCGGAGAAAACGAAUCUCAUAACGUAAUGUCGAUCUCCAUAGAUCUAAGUAUUUGUAAUACUUACUGAUAGAAAUCUAUCUUUUCCUGCUAAAUGAAUUUUUUAUAAGUGACGCGAAUCUCUAAAUAACGGCUCGAACAGUUUCGAGAUAUUAUAUGAGUAAUUUUAUGAUCGCAACAAAUUCUCUUGUAGACUAUUUUCUAGAUAUAAUUUGGCUCGAUGCUUUUCUGGUUAUGGAUUUUCGCUUUCUUGGAAUGUAUAAAAUCAGGAGAUGAAAUUUUUAUAUUGACCUUAAAAUACUAUUAGAAGUGAAUAUUAUAAGCGCACUGAAAAGUCGAAGUCAAGUUUUUCAAUAAUUUUUAUCCUUGAACUGUAUUUAUAAA